AACGAAUUAAGUUCUUAACCUGAGGUACCACUGUACCUCACACAUAUCUAAAGGGGGAAAGGACACAACUAUGCUUCCUUUCAUUAUGUCCAUGAUGAGAGGUAUACAUUAAAAUAUUUAACAUUGUAUAGCAGCACCCGCUACUCAUAGGGCCAUUAGGUGUGGUAAACAUAAAAUAAAUGAGGAAUCCUAUUUUGGUGUCAGUCCCUGCUAUAUGUAAUAUGCAUAAUACAUAUGUGUAAUAAAUAUGACUAGCUUCCCAUUUCAAACUGUACAAUUUUAAUAACAUCAAUAAGAUCUAAUAUCACAACUAAUGCAAUAACUGAGCUGUGCAAUCUCAGCCUGUCUAUGAACUCAAUCUACUCUUGCCCCUCCCCCGUACCUUCAAUACCCAAAUAGUGAUGUUUACUGACAUUACAGGGCUGUUGUAGAAUUACUGAGAAUUGUUUGUGAAGCAAUCUUGCUAUACUGUAUAUGUCCUAAGUUUUAUUAGCUUGUCUCUUGAAUAUUAGUGUCUGUGAUUCUAGACAUUCUAGACAGCAAAACAGUCACUGCAUAUAUACCACACUGCUCAAAAAACAGUGGCAAAAAUCCCAGUUAAUUUGAACAGUUUACAUAUAACAAUAAAAAGCUUACAGUGGAAAAACAACCAUGGUUUUAAUUGUGCACCGCCAAUGUCUCAGAAGAAUAAAAGCCCAAUCUCUCAUCAACACAGUAUAUUGUAUAUUCCCCAUAUUUUAACACUGCCACAUUUUACAAUGGACCAAUAAGCCAAAUGUAAAUAUUUACACAUGUGAAAUCCAGCAUGGAUUUUUUUUUAAGUAAGCAAACAUUCUGUGGAAUAGAUAACUGCAAAUCAGGUUGCAAGAUAAUGCCUGAAAAAAACAUUAAUAGAAAAAGUGGUCCCCAUGACUACUGGCCUCUCCUACUCGCUGCCUCCUUAUUGGUUUCUCUCUAGAGCUUGCCUUACUUCUUAGUUUCUCUCUCAGAGCAGUGGCUCUUGACUGUGGUGAUUUCAGUUCUCGGAAAAGCUCAGAGCAUCAGUUUGCUUCAGAAGACCGUGAACCAAAGGGGCUUUGCCUUUGAUUGUAGUUAAAAGGGUCAAAAUACCUCUGAUUCCUUUCCAAGCAAAAUGUAUGUCGACUGAUUUUGUCAAUAUUUAAUAUGAAAAGGGAAAGAAGACUGGUCAAAGCAAGGGAGAGGAAGUGUUGUGUGGAUUUUCCAAAAGUUUUCAGCACACAGGUCGUCAGAAAAUUCUGCUGCUUUUGGUUUUUCACUCUCAAUGCCUUCUUCUACUGAGUUCUGUGGUUCCGGGACUGCAUACUUGGGAAACUGCUUAUUCCCGAGGAAUCUUGCUUGCAGCUUCCUCAUCUCCGCUUUACCUUGUAACAGCAGGAUACUCAUUGACAGAGGCAAAGACUCAUUGAUCCUGGCUUACAUUUCAGUGUCACUUCAUUAAUGGACCACGGGGUGUUUCAUGAAGGAUAAAACAAAAACAUUCAAGAGCCUGGCAUGGAUCCGUCUGCUGCAAACAGCAGUAAGUUGCAGCUUUCACACUUUGAAUCCUGCUUGCCUUCUAUUCCUGCAAUCUUCUUGCUCAUCACAGCUUACGCUGUAGUCAUGCUGGUGGGGCUCCUUGGCAACCUUUGCCUAAUUAUUAUCAUCAGGAAACAGAAAGAAAGCCAGAAUGUCACCAACAUUUUGAUCGCCAACCUCUCCCUAUCUGACAUCUUCGUUUGUGUCAUGUGCAUCCCUUUCACUGUUGCGUACACUUUGAUGGAUUACUGGGUGUUUGGAGAAGCCAUGUGUAAAAUAUCUAAUUUUGUACAAAGUAUGUCUGUCACUGCCUCUACAUUCUCACUUGUGUUAAUUGCUGUCGAGAGGUAUCAGUUAAUAGUAAACCCGCGAGGUUGGAAGCCUAGAAUUUCACAUGCAUUUUGGGGAAUUAUUUUCAUUUGGGCCUUUUCUAUAGUACUGUCAACUCCUUUUUUUUUAUUCCACCAAGUCACCGAUGAGCCCUUUAGAAACCUUUCUUCCCACAGUGAUAUUUAUAUGAACAAAGUUGUCUGUGUUGAGGUAUGGCCAUCCCUUGAGGAGAGGCGUAGCUUUACCACUACAAUGUUAGUUUUCCAGUACUUCUUACCACUAGUUUUUAUUUUCAUCUGUUACAUGAAGAUAUUUGUGUGCCUUCAGAAGAGGAAAGGUAAAGUGGAUAAGAUAAGGGAGAAUGAGGUCAGGCUAAAUGAGAGUAAAAGGAUUAAUAUUAUGUUGAUUUCAAUUGUUGCAACCUUUGGGGCAUGUUGGUUACCGCUGUACAUAUUUAACAUUGUGUUUGACUGGAACCACGAGGCCCUGAUCAACUGCCACCAUAAUGUGGUGUUUACUUUGUGUCACUUGGUAGCCAUGAUUUCGACGUGUGUCAAUCCAAUCUUCUAUGGAUUCCUCAACAAGAAUUUUCAGAAAGAUUUGGCUAGUCUGUUUCACAAUUUCAAAUGCUAUGAAUCUCAAGGGUUGUUUGAGAACAUCGCCCUUUCAACUCUGAACACCGAUGUGUCAAAGGGAUCCUUUAAGCUGAACAACAUGCCUUCGAAUAUCUGAAAUGGGCAACCUUUGAAUCAUUUACAUGUCUUUGUCAUGAAUUACUGUACUGCCAAGUUACUCUUACAGUAUAUGGAAGUGUGGCCUUCUGGCUCUUGUCAGCAAAGUCCUGUUCUCAAAGUGAAAUCAAAAGCCUACCUGAAUAUUAAUGUAUCAUUCAAAUGAAUAAAACAAAUUGGAUUAAUAAUAUUUAUUAACACCCCCAUGUUUAUUAAAGACCUUUACAGGAGCUUCCAAUGUUGCAGUGCUAGAAAACUGGAAGUGUGGGAAGGAAAAUCUGGAAAAGGAGGUACUGUUUGGAUUGGAAGAUGAUGCAAUAUCCUGUGUGGGCUGUACCACCUGCGUUUUCCUCAUGGUUCUCCUGGUCUGCCUGAAUCAGUACUUCUGACAAAGGCCCCUUGACGUAAUACCAAUAAUUAGUAUCUUAAGCAACUGACUCUUAAUGUCUGAACUCAAAAGAUAAUCGCCUUCUAAGAAUUCCUUAUGUGAAGCCAUUUCCCUUUCUUUUCCCUUACUGUGCUCCCCCCCCCUCUGUUCUCAAAUCUGCUCUGGAAGGUGGAGGGAACCUAGAACAAAUUUAGGGAGUGCGUGGGGGAGGUGGGUACAGGAAUCCCAUUGCACAGCAGAAACCAUACUGCUCACUAUGUACAUUCAACUACUAUGUUGAAUACAACCCAUCAUCUGUCCAUUGAUGCACUAGGUAAUAUGUCAUUCUGACAGGUGCUGGAUUGUAUCAAACUCAAUAACUGUGCAUGCAGGACAACUUCUGUGAGUGCAAUGGAACUUGCUCUCUACCCCCCAACACACUCCCUUUCCCAAAUCUGCUAUGGCUUCCCCCCCAACGCUCUGAGUCCCAUCAGUGGGAGCCCAGCACAAGGAUCUAUAGCUGGGAUAGCUUUGUCAGUUUGAGCACCACCUUGGGCAAAGGAUUCCUACAUUGCAGGGGGGUUGGACUAGAUGCCCCUUGUGGUCCCAUCCAACUCUACAAUUCUAUUAUUCUAUGCUUGUCCCCACUCUCCCUCAUCACAUGAUGGAUUAAAACCCCUGAAUAAUGCUUGCAUAUGGUAGAAAUUGCCUGCCCACCUAGCAGUUUGAAAGCACAUCAAAGUGCAAGCAGAUAAAUAGGUACUUCCAGCGGGAAGGUAAACGGCGUUUC